AAUGGGGUCGAUUUAGAGGGCAACGCAGAUUGACGGGUGGAUGUUUUGGAUGGUUGAUAGUUUGGUUGGUUAAUUGAUUGACUGGUGGAUGGAUAGAUGGGUUGAUUGAUUAAUUGACUGCACGAGCUGAUAAGCUGCGUGGACAGAUACCACCAGAGGGGGAGUCAGGAGAGGGGAGUGAGUGUGAAAUUGUGAAGCGGCGGUCUGUUCAAUUCGGACGCGAUUGCAGAAGGUGAGUGGCUCGGUUCCGUUGACUCGUCAAGAUUCGAGCCAGUCUCGUCACGAUGGUCUGGGCGGUCUUGGUAAUGCGGGUUGUGCACAUGAGCGGCGCUGCCGAAGAGGCGCAUGUGGGACUGGGAUUGGCUAUGCUGGACGGGGUUCUCUCCUCCUCUGCAGAGAGAUUACUGUCGAGAGUCGAGUGAGUGUGAGAGUUUGGAGCCUGUGCUCAGACCUGCGAAAUCCGAUUCCAAUUCCCGAAGCGCACUUUUAGCAGCCAGAGAUUCUUGGCAUGAGGUAUCUGAGUCAACGAGGGGUAAGACGAGCUGGUGGAGGUUGACUUGAAGAGGGGCUGCGGGCACUGAAAUUGAAGAAAUGCAUGUCUGGUAAGCCAGGACUCCUCCGUAGCUUGGACAUGGAUUCUACUGGCUGUUUUCACUUUUCUUGCUAGAGGUGAGGAUGGCAAGUCCAAAAGGAUGACACUCGAAAUGUAAAACGGGACGUUUUGCGACAUGGGGAAGAGAGAAUUACGGUCUCUGAUUGAAGCGAGUGAACAAAAAACGCUCAAGAGGAAGAGACUGAGCAAUGUAUCUGAAGGGACGACCGUGGCUUCGCAUGUGCACGAGGGGGAGAAAUCAAUGGGCAAAAAACGUCGUCGGACCAAGGGAUUGUUCGACGGUUCCAAGAAGAUGACCAGCACUGAAAUUGAAUCUUACACGAUCCCGGGCACGCGGAAGAUUGUCAAAGCUGGGGACACAGUCUUGAUUCAGGCCCCAGAACGUGAAAAACCGCCAUAUGUUGCGAAAAUUGAGAAGAUUCAGAGGAUAAAGGCAGGCAGGAGAGAGAAGACUGUCGUGAAAAUUCGCUGGUUCUACCACCCCGAGGAGACGAUCAGCCGCAGGCGAUCUUUCCACGGUGCACAAGAGGUCUGCUUAUCGGAUCAUUAUGACAGUCAAGACGCGGACUGUAUUCAGGACAAGUGCAACGUCCACACUUUCAAGGAGUACUGUAAGCUCAAAGAAGUGGACAGGCACGAUUACUUCUGGAGGUUUGAGUACAAGGCGGCGUUGCAGGUACUUUCUCCGGAGGUUGUGGAUGUGUACUGCUUGUGUGAAAUGCCAUACAAUCCAGACCAUUUCAUGGUCCAGUGCGAGGCUUGCAGCGACUGGUUCCACCCAUCCUGUGUCAAGCUGAGCCGCGAGCAGGUGGCAAACAUGGACACGUAUGUAUGUCUUGACUGCUCUCAAUGAUACUCAUCAUAUCAGCUGCAGAGACAAAUAUAUCGGAGGGCAUUCGAGGUAUCUGCGAGGCAUGCAGCAAGAUGGUUUGAGAUACCAUGGCAGUACACCCGUACUCUUAGAUACUCGACAAUGGAUCUUUUGCAUUCAAAUCCGAUUCACAACUUGACGUGCUGUAAUAGCAGCCUGUCCAUUAAGUGACUUAGUUAUAUUCGUCUGGGCUCAUUGUCAUGUAAAUUUAACAGUUGAAACUGUUCUCGGUCGUGAAGUUUGUCCGAUAACCUCUUUAUAUAAAAGCG